UAUUUCCUCAGGUGCCUGGAUGUAUUUGAGGUUUGAUAUAUUGAGGCAUCAUUUGUGGUUCAAUCAGUGAUUCAAUCAGUUCGAGUCACUGUACGAGUAUUUUUUCUAAAGGUGUAAAUAAUUAGGUUUAUUCGGAGAAUUUGAUUUGGGGGGCACAGUCCAUAGAUGUUUAAACCCAGGCAACUCUUUUGACCUGUAGCUAUUAAUCUUCAUACAUAUUAACCCACAUGUGAACCACAAUAACAGGUUAUUCACUAAAUAUUGACAUAAUUUAACACACUAACAAAUGAUAUAAUAUGUUUAUCUUUGACUUAUCAAGUGUGGCUGUAAGGGUAGGUGAUAUGGAUGAAAUCAGUUAUGAUUUAUGUUAUGAGAUAAAACAAUUCCUGGCAUACUUACAGAAAACAAGACUUGUGACCAGCAUGAACAUGAAAUCAGUACAAACUCUUAGGUUGUGUACUCUUUGAUCUAAUAUGAAUGGCUCCAAAGUCUACUUAGUGAGAUACUACUCUUUCUUGUUCACCCAGUCCUGGGCAAAGAAGUAAUUGACUACAGAGACUAAUGCACAGCUGGGUGGUCAGUGGUUUGAUGUGUCCUGUGGUCUAUUUAAAGUCAAUCAUUACACACAGGGUAAACAACUCCAGUCAGUCUCUGGUCAAAUUUCUGUACGCUGCCUGACUGCUGAGCUGAAGUGCACAAUACAGGCUUCAACAGAAAUCCCGAAGGCUUUUAUCCCAUUUACAACCUUUGCAGGCAAUUUCUGCUCAGAUCAAGUGAACUCUCCAUGGCCCGUGUUCUUUCCCUGUUUCGGUGUCAGCCUUUUCUGGUACACGUGGGCAGGAGAAAACCUGCGUUGUGCAAAAUGUCAAUGGACUCACGUGCACGCAUGGUGUUUGCAGCUGCAGUGGAAGCUGUGCAGCCAGACACAGUGGUUCGACAGAGUAUAGAGCGCAAGGAGGACUCGGUCAUUAUCAAUGGUCACAGAUUUACACUCAAACACAACCUGCAUUUGGUAGGCUUUGGAAAGGCUGUACUGGGUAUGGCUGCCGAGGCAGAGAGGAUUUUGGGGGAUCAUUUAGUCAAAGGAGUAGUAAGCGUGCCAUAUGGGAUUCAGCAGACAUUAAAGCAGCAUGGAAAAGACCACCUGUUGUUAAAAGUAAACAGUCGCAUCAGAGUCAUGGAGGGAGCUAAACACAACUUGCCAGAUGCCGAUGCCCAAAAGGCCGCUGAAGUAAUCAAGCAGUUAGCCAGUGAACUGACGGAGAAAGACCUGCUACUUGUACUGAUAUCAGGUGGAGGUUCUGCGCUAUUACCUGCACCCAUCCCACCAAUAUCGUUGCAAGAGAAACAGGAUGUUACCCGAAAACUUGCAGGUGCUGGUGCCACUAUUCAAGAACUGAACACUGUGCGACGCGCCCUGUCUUUGUUGAAGGGCGGAAGACUUGCGCAUUAUGCUCACCCUGCCCAGGUAGUUUCACUGAUACUGUCCGAUGUUAUUGGGGACCCUCUGGACUUGAUUGCCAGCGGCCCCACAGUGCAGAGUGAGGUGUGGCCUGAGGAAGUUUUAUCAGUCCUUGAACGUUACAAGCUGUUGAACUCGCUUCCAGCUUCAGUAAAGGAAGUCCUUGAGGGACCAACUCUAGGUAGGAGCCAUAAAACAGAUGAAUCCAGUACAUCAGGGCGUGUUCUCAACACCGUCAUUGGCUCCAACAGUGUUGCCCUCAAGUCGGCAGGUCGCCGAGCUCUAGAGUUAGGUUUCCGCCCCCUUGUGCUGGCACCAGGAGUGUGUGGUGAUGUGAGGGCAGUCUCUAAACUCUACGGCCUCCUGGCCCGCUUUGCAUGUUCUCGAGAGGAACCUCCUCCAGAGAUUGCUGCUGAGCUGCUGAAGCUGGGGCCUGAAGUAGGAGUGGAGAGCUGGGACCUCUGCCGUACUAUGCAGGUUCUGGGUGAGGGGCGUACAGAAGGAUGGGGAUCCACUUGUCUGUUAGCCGGAGGUGAGCCCACUGUGGAGCUGACAGGCAAGGGUCGAGGUGGUCGUAACCAGGAGCUGGCUCUGCGAGUGGGAAUGGAACUGAGAGGCAUGCAGCUCCCGCCUACCGGGCCCGUCUUCCUGAGCGGUGGAACUGAUGGUCAGGAUGGGCCCACUGAUGCAGCUGGGGCCAUCACGGAUGGGGGGUUGUAUGAACAGGCACAAGCACAGGCGCUGGAUGUCAACAACUUCCUCACCAAUAAUGAUUCUUACACGUUUUUUUCACGUCUUUCUGCUGGGCAGCGCUUACUUGUAUCUGGCUUAACCUGCACCAAUGUGAUGGAUGUGCACAUGCUGCUUAUUCCACCAAUCCCCAUUAACAUAGGAUAAAGCACACAACAUAAGAGGAUCUAAGUAUAGGGAAUAAAUGAAAUAAAUAAAGUAUUUUAUCAGUCUAUCUCGCUUUGCAUUGUAGUAACUAAUUGUAAUUGUAGUAAGAUAUUUUACUUGUGAAAUUAUUAAAUCUACCUGAAGGCAAAACUGGUACUGCCCUAUUCAUUUUAACAGCCACAAAGUGUAGAAUAAACGUCAAGGAGAUGUGCAAUGACUUCAAUAUUUUCAAAACAACACAUUUAAUAUCAACCAAGCAUUUACAUAAAAUUGCACAGUUGAAUUUUCGCUUGUUAGGAACUUCAAGUUAUCUAAAAUAUGCUGAUGAUUUUGUAGUUUGGUUCCUUUGACAAGGACUGUAAAUACACACUGCAUUACAUUGCCUUGUCUUGACCGUUAUAACAGUAUUAUGACGUCAGUUAUAAUAGCUGAUUGUAAGAUGGCUCAUACAAUGCACACUGAAAGUAUUCAACUCCCCUUUGAAUUUCUCAUGUUUUAUUAUUUUAAAUUAAAUCACAAGUGGAUUUAACUAUGCUUUUUGCCACUUAACAGAAACAUUUUCCAAAAUGGUUGAUCACAUAAUAAAAAUGUUUUAAUCCUCAAGUUAAGAGGCAUGUUUGGCAGCAAUUAUGACUUUAAAUCU